AUGUUUUUUGUCGAUAUGAAUGUGAAUCCAGAUCCCGUUAACCAUGGGGGUUCCGAGUUCAUGAGUUCCAACAUCCUCCCCUUCUUUGAAGAUGAUGAGGAUAACACCGAUCUACCUUGCGAACACCAUGACGCGGUCUAUAAGACAAUAAUGAAAACUGUGGCGAAUAUGGAGCCUUUCUGCGAUGAGGAUGUUGACAACGAUGAGGAUGAAGGAAACGCGCAAACCGGUUAUCGCGUUCAACCGGAUUUCCCCGCCGAGCCCGUGGCGAGAGGGCAUUUAGGUUAUUAUGAGGGCCCCACCCACCGGACCCCGGAAGGGGCGUCAGAUAUGUGUAAUGGGAUCAAACGCGUCCGGGCGGCGGACUUGGAAGGUCCGGAAAGCGAGGUCGGCCGCGGUGGGGAGCGGGGAUCCCGCGUUUUCCGCGUUCUGUUGAGCCCGAAACUAAAGUCGGAGUUGAUGGUGGCGUCCAACUACGCGGCGCAUAAGGUGUACCCGACGCCGAUUGUGGAGAAUGAGAUGGCCUUCAUUCGAAUCAUGCAAUCCACCCUCUUUCAUGGCAACAGCCUCACGCGCGAUGAAUGGCCGCAUAAGAUGCUCUUUUCUGGCGCCGCCUUUGCGCAGGAAGAGGUCCCCAGCGACGCGGCGAAUCAUCUGGUGGGGCUUUGCCAUCUCGUCUUACCCUUCGCGGUGGUCGUGCACCACGAUGAUGAGGACUUGGGGGUGUUGAUGCCGCUUUACGACUUCAGCCUCAAGGGAUAUCUGCUCAGUCGCUCCUCGGAGGGGACGCCGCGGCGGAGUAUUUGUGAAUCCUUCCCUUCUUGCCUUGGGAGGGAAAAAGGAGAAGGGGGGGAGGGGUUCGGUGAGGGCCCUCGAGAUCCCUUGGAGGCGCCGUCGUCUUUUCGGUCCGAGCUCUCCUACGAUCCGGUAGGGUCGAUUGAGGUGAUCACUGCGAUCGCCUUCCAGAUCCUGCAAUCCAUCGUGAUGCUGAACCACGGGAUGGGGCACGUCGUGAACGACGUCCGCUACCACGGCUUCACCCAUAACGACCUCUACACCGGGAAUAUCCUGCUCUCUCGCGAGGGGCGGGUCGCGUUGUGCGAUUUCGAGCUCGUCAGCCACAGCCCCCCUUCUCCGGGCAACCUCCGAACCCAACGCCGGCGGCUUCCGCCGUACUCGCGGCAAUCCCCCCACGGCGUCUUCUGCGCGACCUCCGACACCUGGGCUUUCGGGCUCCUCCUGGUGAGCCUCCUCACCGGGGUGGACCCCCUCCUCUCGAGCGAGGCCCUCACCGACGACUUCGGCCCGGGGCCGCUGCUCAUGCGGCACGACUCCCCUCUCGUGGGAACCGGGGCGAGGGUGGUGGAUUGGCGCGCGAAUAUCGCCACCCACGUCCGACGGCUGCUCUUUCAAAUCGACCCUUCAGGGGAGCGCUCGCGGCGGGCGGAGCCGCUCCUUGGGGUUUGCGCGCGGUGCCUCGUGAAUCGCGUGUCCGCGCAGCCCGCGCUGGCGAUUGAUUUGAUCGCCGAUCCCGCCUUUGUGGCGUACCGGGAGACCCCGGAAAAGGCGGAGGAGGUGGUGCGUCGGUGGGUGAAUGAGUGCUGCUGA